CUCCUUCACACGUUUUUCUGGAUGUGCUCGAUUAGUGGCGCGUCCGAUUCUUUUCAGCAUUAAGUCGGCUAUAGCAAAUGCGCGGUAAUUAAAAACGAAGAAUUUUAAGCCGCGGAAGUGGGACACAGCCUGUGCCCUUGGGUAUAGCACAUUUUAAUUUAUUUUUUUCUCCCUCAUAAAUGCUAUUUCCAUUAUUUCUUUCUGAGAAUUUAAAUUUUAAGAUCUACAUGAGGGUAAAUUUGCGCGGCUUCGUCGGUUGUGGGAAUUUUGGGAUUUAUGUGGUUUGUGCCAAGACCGGAGCGCUGCUGCAGUGCCAGCUUUUAUCGUUAUAAAACGUGCUGGCGCCAAGUUACUGAUCGUUCGGUGGAGGAUUUCAGCACAUUGCCUUGCGAUAUUCUCCCCCCCAAAAAAAGCAAACGGAGAAGUAAGGGUCCCAAAAUAGAUCGACUUUCUUCUCUGGGAUUGUCUUUGUCUUGCUUUGUUCUGCUUGAAUCAGCUGCGGGGCUGAUGGUGCAGUGUAUCUCUUUGUUAGAAAUCAGCACCAGAUUUCAUUAACAGUGUAAACAAUUAGCAGCCCUGCUUCUUUUGAUGGGCUAAUGUUUAACAAUAAAUUAAAGUAGAUCUGGGAUGCCUUUACACUUGGGCGUAUUUUUUGCUGUGUAAUUCAUAACGUCAUUGUCUUAAUAAAAUGUCUUCGUGUUCGGGAGCACUGUCUUAAAUGAUGGAAUGUGAUGUAAGAGUAUGAAAUGACUGUGAAGUACUGAGCAUCCGGCUGUCGCUAGUAGGACUGAAUUUACAUAAAAUGUCGUCUUUGCUGGAUCGGAUCUGCUAUAAAUGCAAACGCAAUUAAAAUGUAUGGUGCUGCAUGUCAACCAUUAAUCUUCUGCUUCAGGUGUUCCUAAAAUUCCACAGCACUGCCUUGCUUCCAAAUUUCAAAACUGUAUAGAAAUGUUAAAUUUCUGAUAGAAUUCCAAUGUUACUGUUAAAGGAAUGUUACUUAUAGCUGUCGUUCCCUGAAUCGGUGUUUCUUGGUGUCCUAUGGAACAUAAAAGCAGAUGGUGAUGACGCUGGAGGUGAUCCGCCCGUUGAGGAUGCGGCCAGAAGCAGUGGCUGGCGCUGAGAUGAGUCUGGGCUUGGAGCAGUGCUGAGAGGGCUUGGGGAGAGGAUUGUAGUGGAGCUCCAUCCCCAUUCCACUCCUAGCAGCUCUCUGGCCAUCCACCUCCGUUUCUGCCAGCUGGAACGGACAAGAACCUUUGCCAACUGCCCCAGGCUUCCACUGAGCUCGUUUAGGGAGAGGCAGGUGUGGCUGAGCUAGGAAAAAAACUGGAGCAGAGCUGAGAGAACUAUGAUGCCAGCGCAGUUCCUGUAGUUUCCUGCUCUAGCCACCCUCUUCAAACUGAAUCCCUUCUCUGCUUCCUCCUGUUUCUGCCCGUAUGUGUUCUGUAAAUCGGGGCAUAUUUUGGGAGGGCCAGAACAGAGGAAGUGGCAGGAGAGGAUUUGAAACACUUUUUGGGAGAAAUGUGGCAAAUUAUUUUUAACAAUGGCUAAGUUAAAUGUCCGUUUAAAUGUUGAAGUUAAGUACUUAAUGCUGAACUUAAAACAAGAAAACAUUCCAACAGAGAUGGAAUUGUGCAGUAAUGGGUUUUGAAUUUGUACUGUAUUCUGGAAAGCUUUGAUAGAGUGAAACUAGUUUGUAACAUGCUUGUGUGAAUUCUAGUAAAAUUACCUGUAAUACCAAUUCUAGAUGCUUGUUUUUAUCAUUGUAGUCCCUUAAAAAAAUAUUUCUUUCCAUUAGCACCCGUACUAGAAUUUGAUUAUCUCAUCUGUGGAGACUGUGGCAAAGAAUUCAUGGACUCCUACCUUAUGCAGCACUUUGAUUGGGCAACAUGUGAUAAUUGCAGGUAUUAAAAAUAAUCAGGAGAGAGAAACACUAUUUUACAUAAAGAUUGCUGGCUAUAAUUCAAUGAGUUACAGUCAUUUAAAGAGACUGUCAGCAGAGAGACAUAUUUCAGUAACUUAAAAAUGUAAAUGAAAGUUGACUGAUACCCUGUGUAUUUUCCAUUAUGGAAUUGAAUCACAGAUUGUCUCAUAAGCCUGCCUUAGUAUAGGGGACAUCAGUGGAUUUUCAUACAACAUUAUGGAAAUGGGAUGUCAUGAGAGCAGUUGGUGUGUUUGUCAGUGUGAAAAUUUAUGUCUGGCUGCAGACUAGAGCCAUUUGAAAACCUGAUGGAACACAAAUAUCUGCUGUCUGAAGUGGAUCAGGGAUUAGAGUGUUUGCGGUCCUGGUGUUUUAACUCGAGUGAAGUUGGUACUUUGGUCAGCAUGGGCGUGCUGGAAGCACAGCAGCCAAAGGGCAGAGCCCCAAUGGGAGGUUACUGGUUGGCCUGCGAGGUAAGCAGGAGUUUGACCUUGAGAGGAGAGCAAGCUCUUAUCUUUUAACACAGAAAACGCUCCAAAAGCCAUCAAGAUAACCAGGGCAAUGAAACCAACUGCAGCAGCCGGCUGCCCAUGUGUGUAAGAAUGAAUUGGGUGAAUGAAAAAAAAAAAAUGGCAGGAGUUUGCUCUGGGAGCCUACCCAUUUACUGCAGGGAGUGGUUAGGGGUGUGCACGUGGUGUAGACGGUUUGCAGUCGUGGAGGCAAAGUUCUGUUUCAGAAGUUGUAGUGGGUAGGAAAAAGAAUUUGAGGACAGGACAUGGAGCCUGGGGAGUACUUUCCCUUGGGUCUAAGCUCCUGCAGCUGAUUGCUGUAGUGUCCUUGGUGCAUUACCUACAACUGUGAACUUUGAAUUCUAGUAAAGCUACAUUUACAGCAGUACUUCCUUGAUGACUGUUGUUAGCACUUAGUGUUUGGCAAAUUAUUUGGCUCAAGCGGUUGAAGUUGUACUUCAGUCAGGAUUGCGUAAAUGUAAUUUUUUCCAUUAACUCAUAAAUGCUGCUGUGGUUCCAGAGUUUCUCAUUAUCUGUCUCUUAAAGGCUACAGUCUUAAAAGUCUUUAUUUUAUGGUUCCUCUGCCUAUUGUCUUGCAUUAUAGAAAGAAGUGCUCUGUGUUGCUAAUCAGUUUCUGAGAUCUAGAAGCAUAUGGAGUGUGUAUAUUCUCAGGUGAUCUGACCUGUCUCACAUUACACAUUCUUUCUGUCUUGACCAUGUGAGGCUUAUACUUCUGUGCUCUUGCAUUGCAUCUGGGUUAGGUGAAUACCUGAAAUUGUUAAUAUUCAUUUUAAGUUUCAGUUAUUCCCUCUUGUAAGAAAAUAGAAUAAAAGUCUUUCUAGAAGAGCAGGCUUCUCAGCCUUUGUUUGCUGAAAUGGGGGGAUUUUUUAAACACUUAAUUUCAGUAAAUCUAGUCUGGAGUUUAGCUAGGUUGUUGGAAUCCAAAGUUAUUUGCAUGCAUAAAAAGCUGAGAGGAUUAGGGCUACCUGUAUUUCAGGAAUGUUAGAAGGGAUGGGGACUGAGAUGUUAAUAACCUGUGGUUUUAGGGUGCAGCUUUCUCAUCAUUAUUUUACAUCUUGCAGAGAUGUUGAAGAUAAACAUAAGCUUAUAACAAGGACAGAAGCAAAAGAAGAGUAUCUCCUUAAAGACUGUGACUUAGACAAGAGGGAACCAGUGCUCAAAUUCAUUGUGAAGAAAAACCCUCAUAAUUCACGAUGGGGUGAAAUGAAGCUUUAUUUAAAACUACAGGUAAUUAAGCGUUCACUUGAAGUCUGGGGUAGCGAAGAAGCAUUGCAAGAAGCAAAGGAGCUACGCCGUGAUAACAGAGAGAAGAUGAAACAGAAGAAGUUUGACAAGAAAGUUAAAGAACUCCGCCGUGCCGUGAGGAGUAGUUUGUGGAAGAAACAAGCUAGUAUCCAUGAACAUGAAUAUGGACCAGAAGAAAACAUUGAUGAAGAUACAUAUAAAAAGACAUGCACUAUUUGUGGCCAUGAAAUAACUUACGAGAAGAUGUAGUGUUAACCUAUUUUUUUAAAUUUUACUUUGUUUUUAAUAGUAUUUUGUAUUUAAAUCAAAUAAAUGCUAAUUAUGAACAAGAUUUUGCCAGA